AUGUCUCUUCUUCCUUCAAGGUUCAUCUACGUGUGUUUACAUUUCCUGGUCUUCUAUUUCCAGCUACAGGAAUCUCAGCAAAGUUCGGCUGAUUUCCGGUUUUACAUAGAGAACCACACGAGAAACCCGGAUGACCUGAGCCGAAAGCAGAUCCGGAUCUAUCAGCUGUACAGCCGCACCACUGGGAAGCACGUGCAGAUCCUUGGAAAGAAGAUCAACGCCAACGGGGACGAUGGGGGCAAGUAUGCUCUCCUUGUGGUUGAGACAGAAACCUUCGGGAGCCACAUCCGAAUAAAAGGGAAGGAGAGUGGCUACUACAUCUGCAUGAAUAAAAAUGGAAAAAUCAUUGGAAAGCUCAACGGGAGAAACCAGGAAUGUGUCUUCAUCGAAGAGUUUUUGGAAAACAACUAUACAGCACUGGUGUCUGCGAAGUACAAAGGCUGGUACUUGGGCUUCAACCGGAAGGGAAGGCCCAAAAAAGGCUCGCGGACGACACAGACACAGCAAGAAGUUCAUUUCAUGAAACGGCACCCCAAGGGAAAAGUGGACCCACUGGAGGAAUUCCGUUUUACCACAGUAACAAAACGGACACGUAGGGCACGGCGCUUAAAACCUAACUCCAAAACGAGCUGA